ACUGGGGAGAGUGGAAAAAGCACGUUCAUUAAGCAGAUGCGUAUCAUUCAUGGCUCGGGCUACUCUGAAGAGGACAAAAAAGGCUUCACCAAGCUGGUGUACCAAAACAUCUUCACUGCCAUGCAGUCUAUGAUCAGGGCCAUGGAAACCCUGAAGAUUCUGUACAAAUACGAACAGAACAAGGCCAAUGCAGUGCUGAUCCGGGAAGUGGAUGUAGAAAAGGUCAUGACAUUUGAGCAGCCAUACGUAAGUGCGAUUAAAACAUUGUGGAACGACCCUGGAAUACAGGAGUGUUAUGACAGGAGAAGAGAAUAUCAGCUUUCCGACUCGGCUAAAUACUAUCUUAGCGACGUGGAUCGUAUCGCUACCCCAGGAUAUCUACCAACUCAGCAAGAUGUGCUACGGGUUAGAGUUCCUACAACCGGUAUCAUAGAGUACCCCUUUGACCUAGAGAAUAUUAUCUUCAGAAUGGUGGAUGUUGGAGGUCAGAGAUCAGAACGAAGGAAGUGGAUCCAUUGCUUUGAAAAUGUGACUUCCAUCAUGUUUUUAGUAGCACUUAGUGAAUAUGACCAAGUCCUGGUGGAAUCUGAUAACGAGAACCGGAUGGAAGAGAGUAAAGCUCUCUUUCGAACCAUUAUCACUUAUCCGUGGUUUCAAAACUCUUCUGUUAUCCUCUUUCUCAACAAGAAAGAUCUGUUGGAAGACAAGAUCCUAUAUUCCCACCUCGUUGACUAUUUCCCGGAGUUUGAUGGCCCGCAGAGGGAUGCGCAGGCAGCCCGUGAGUUCAUUCUCAAGAUGUUCGUGGAUUUAAAUCCAGACAGCGAUAAAAUCAUCUACUCUCACUUCACAUGUGCCACAGACACAGAAAACAUCCGUUUCGUCUUCGCGGCCGUCAAGGACACCAUCCUACAGCUCAACCUGAAGGAGUACAACCUGGUUUGACCUGCUCUGCUCUUGGCCCCUGGAGAGGCUUCAUUACGAAGAAAAGACAAAAAAAGAAAUUUUAAAUAUGACAGGAAAAAAAAAAGUUUUAAUUUUUGAUGAUGUAAUGAUUGCAAAUUGUCUGAUCUGUGGAGUGGCAAGUGCUCAGUGUUAUCCUGGAGUCUCAUGUCUCUGUCCACAGAGUAGUUGAUUUCAUGUUUUUAACAAAUUGCUUUUAUUUCACAGUUAAUGGGGAUACGCCUCAUUUCUUCAGCACCUUGCUUACUUCUUAAUUUUUGCCAAACAGCUAAGGCAGUCUCAUCUUGAGCUUUCCUUUGUUGCUUAGCCACUUUUUUCCCCUUUUCAUUCCCAUGGUAUAUAUAGAAAAAAACCACCUUUCCAGCCGAGAUUGUGAGUUCACUGGACUGUGGGAGUGCAGAAUGCUACUGGUCCCUUCGCCUUGUGCCAUAGGGUGCCUCUGGUGUAAUUUGCUGAUCCUGCUUGCUUCCGCGGCCCCUUCUUU